UUUGAGAGCUCAGUCAUCCAAAAACGGCCAUUCAAUGUGAGAACUUGGGGAACCUAAGAAAAUGUCGGUGGCAUCGCAGUAAAUUACUAAAGCAGUAAAGAAAAAGGAAAAGUGUUUUUUGCCCCGGAUUUUACUGAAGUAAAAAGCUGAGAAAGAGAUAGAUUGUUGUCCGAGGAGUGAACACCAACUAUAGCACGUUUUGGGGGUAGUGUAUGGAAGAUGUCUGGAACAUUAGACUGGACUCCAUGGAUGAGAAAGCGACGGGCACGAGUGCUGUGUGCUCUGAGUGCAGUGCUGCUGUGCUGCCUACAGGGCGGCGCCACCAUCAAUGGUGCCACUGAGGAAGUACCCGUGUUCACAGAGGAGCCUCUGUCGGUGGUCCAGAAGCUAGGGGGAAGUGUGAUUCUGAGGUGCAGCACCCAACCCCCCUCAGCCAACAUCAGCUGGCGGCUAAACGGACGCGAGCUGGUUGCCGGGGCUGUUGGGGAACUGGGGGUGGUACUGGAGCCUGGCACUCUGCUCAUUCCCACCCUCACUAACCUCACCCUGGGCAGGUACCAGUGUGUGGCCAGCACCAACGCAGGGGCCCUGGCCAGUGUGCCCGCCAAUGUCACCGCUGCCAAGUUGCGUGACUUUGAACAAGACGACCAGCAGGACAUUGAGGUGGAUGAGGGGAACACAGCUGUGAUCGUAUGUCACCUCCCUGAGAGCCAGCCCAAGGCACAGGUCCGCUACAGUGUCAAACAGGAGUGGCUCGAGACCUCCAAGGGGAACUACCUGAUCAUGCCAUCAGGGAACCUGCAGAUAGCCAACGCCACUCUGGACGACGAGGGGCCUUACAAGUGUGCUGCUUACAACCCUGUCACACAGGAAGUCAAGACCUCCACCUCCACUGACCGCCUGCGCAUACGCCGUUCAACAUCAGAGGCGGCCCAUAUCAUCUACCCCCCAGUGUCUCGCUCCAUCAUGGUCACUAAGGGACAGCGCCUGGUCCUGGAAUGUGUGGCCAGCGGCAUUCCCACCCCGCAGGUCACGUGGGCCAAGGACGGCCAGGACCUGCGUUUCCAUAACAACACGCGCUUUCUUCUCAGCAACCUGCUGAUUGACUCGGCGGGCGAGGGCGACUCAGGGACGUAUGCGUGUCACGCUGACAACGGCAUCGGAUCGGAGAGCGCCGCUACAGUGCUGUAUGACGUGCUGGUGUUCGAGCCUCCCCAGGUAACCGUAGAGCUCCAGCAACAGGAGGUGAUGUGGGGGGAGAACGCACGCUUCAGCUGCCAGGCCAGGGGUAAACCCACCCCCUCUGUCGUAUGGCUCCACAACGCCCGCCCCCUGGCCACGUCGCCACGCCACCGCCUGUCUGCCCGCGUGCUGCGUGUCAUCAACGUGGGCCCACAGGAUGAUGGCCUGUACCAGUGCAUGGCUGAGAACGGCGUGGGCAGCUCGCAGGCCGCUGCCAGACUGGUCACCUUGCCAACCAGUAACCCAUCACGGUCAGGGAAGCUGACGUCCAGCCUGUGUCCCCUGAGCCCAGACAAGGUGCUGCGGGAGCAGGUCCCAGUGAAGCCCGGGGCCACGGGGAGCGUGCUGACCCUGGACUGCUCUGAGCUGACUGGGCAGGUCUCUGUGGCAGAGGCCCCUGUCAUCCUCAGCCAGCCCAGGACCGUCAAGGCUGACUUCUAUGAUCUGACCUGGAAACCUCGCCACGAUGGAGGCUCUGCUGUGGUGGAGUACAUCGUCAAGUACAGAAAGAUUGAGGACCCUCCAGGUGAGUGGACCAGCAGCUGUAUAUCUGGGUCUCUCCACAAGCUGACCCUGGCCAAGCUGCAGCCAGCCAGUCUGUACGAGGUGGAGAUGUCUGCUAAGAACUGUGCUGGCCUGGGACAACCGGCCAUGAUGACCUUCAGGACAGGCAAAGGUCGUAGAGGUCCAGGGGGACAGAACGAGCCUCCUAAAACUCCUGCAGUACCAUCACCUCGCCUCUCUCCUCCCGAGGCCCCUGAUAAGCCCACCAUCUCCACGGCGACAGAGACGUCUGCGUACGUAACGUGGAUCCCGCGCAGUAACCGGGGUUUCCCCAUCCAGUCAUUCCGGGUGGAGUUUAAGAAGCUGAAAGGGAAGGGAGGGGGGGAAUGGGAGGUGGCUGUCACUAAUAUCCCCCCCCAACGACUGUCUGUGGAGAUCACUGGCCUGGAGAAAGGCAUGUCCUAUAAGUUCCGUGUGUUGGCAGUGAAUGUCAUUGGCGCCAGCCCCCCCAGUGUCCCCUCUAAGGCCUACACGGUGUUGGGUGGCGGCAGGCCCAACGAACGCCCUGUAGACGGACCCUACAUCACUUAUAAUGAAGCCAUCAACGAGACCACCAUCAUCCUCAAAUGGACAUACACUGCCGUCAACAACACCCCCGUCUACGGUUUCUACAUCUUCUACCGGCCGACAGACAGUGACAACGACAGUGACUAUAAGAAGGACGUGGUGGAGGGGGACCGCUACUGGCACUCCAUCAGUGACCUGCAGCCUGAGACGGCCUACGACAUCAAGAUGCAGAGCUUCAACGAGGGGGGAGAGAGCGAGUUUGGCAACGUGGUUAUCUUAGAAACUAAAGCUCGUUUGAACCAGCGGCCCUCCCCGUCGGAGACGUCGUCCCAGAGACCAGAGCACUCCGGGGGGCCUGUGCCCCGCCCCAGCGACCUCCCCUACCUCAUAGUGGGCGUGGUCCUGGGGGCCCUCGUGUUCAUCAUCGUAGCCUUCAUCCCCUUCUGCCUGUGGAGAGCCUGGGCCAAAGAGAAGGAAAUGUCAGACCUGUGUUUCCCAGCUGUGGCGUCCCCCGUCUCCUCCUGCCAGUACACCAUGGUGCCCCUGCAGGGCCUGGCACUGGUCGGGCAUUGCCCCCUGGACCCCCACUUGCCCCCACCGCACGCCGUCUACCCACCCAUUGGACUGUACACCUCCAACGGGAAACACCAUCGGCCCACACACUGCCUGCCAGGACUACAGGAGGAUGUGCAGUAUGAUAUGGAGUGUGGCACGCUACUAGCACAGACCAUGUCAAACGGACACGUCCCAGUCUACCACUACUCUAACAGUGAGCCUGAGCAUCAUGGGGACGGAGAAGAUCACUGCUUUCUGCCCGAAGACUCCACCCUUCAGCUACUCAACACCUCAGAACAGCCAAUCAGCAGUCGGGACCUGACGGGGAACGCCCGUUUUUACAAUGGGGACAUCAUAAAGGAGAAUGCCAUCAAUCAAGACCCACCCUGCUCUCCUCGAUCACUGGAGGAGGAGAACUCCAAGGCGACAACCUCAGCAGCUACAACGCCAGAAUCCCAAGAUGCACUUCCACUCCAGGAAGUGAACACCCUCCAGAGGGAAACACCGCUGGUAGAACAAGGGACGUCAGAUUAAACGGACGCUAGAAAAAACACUAUCAGAAAAACAGAAAACAAAAAGUAUUUAUUUUUGUAUCACAGAUAUUUAUAUAUUUAUGCUUUUGUACAUACAAAAACGUUGUUUUAUGCCGUGUACAAGGAUAUGUUCAUUUUGAAAGACUUAUCUGUGGGUCCUGUCGCUACAACCAGGACUAAGGGAGUUUCUGUUAUCACGCUGUAAUCCUACUCUGUGUUAUAAAGACAGAUCUCUGUUCGUAUAUAUUCAUGUCUGCAUUUCUUGAAUGUGAUCCCAAUCCUGGUGCCGAUUUAAGUCACAAAUGAAAUCUUCAAUAGAAUGUGGAUGAGCUACUACAGGAUGGAGAGAAGUGUCAUUCCACUGUCUCUCUGACUAGGCAUCAGCAGCACAUCUACCAGUCUCCUCAGUCAUUCCCUGUAGAAUUCCCAUUUUCCACAACUCAGACAUCUGGUUAUUAUACUAUCCUCAGCUGGGAAGAAAAGACCAACGGACAGGGUUGUGCUGCUCAGGGUUGUGCUGCUCAGGGUUGUGCUGCUCGGUAGAGGCGAAUGGAGAGCAAGCAUUUGGACGAGGUACUACCUGAAUAUGCUCAAUGAUAAUGCACAUUGGACACAACCCUCAUGUAUGUUGUGAUGCAGUGUUGUGUAUAUACUCCCGCUUCAAUCCUGUUCUGUGUUGUCAUAGGGGUGCGAUUCUCAACGCCUUCCGUUUCGUAUAGAAAUAACUGAGAAAUAUUAUGCAUUUUUCAUCAUUAACAAAGUAUUAACAAACGUAUGCAACUUCAAAGCAUUCUGCCUUUUAUUUUUACAGAACAAAGAUUUAUAUAUUGUAUAGUUAUUUAUUUUUGGGAGCAUGAUUUUUUUUUCCCCCUUAUCGCUGAAUGGGAAAGAUUCUGGAAGUUCAAUCUGCUCCAUUUUAUACUAGACAGAAAUGACAGUCUGUUUAUGCUGGCCAAUACUCCAAACGACUGUGCCUUGUGAGGGAAUCUGACUGGCGUGUCAGUAUUAUUCUUCCCUCACAACUAGGUGCAUCAGUAUUAGCCUUCCCCACGAGGCGUCUGAGAUCAAAAUGAAGGAGUCCCUGAAUCUAUAACCCAUCUUUAUGUGUGUAGACAUCGUGGUUACACAGGCAGAAGCACUAUUGCAUGUAAAUAAAGCUUAUAAUGACA